UAUGGUGGGUCCAGAAGAAGCCUUGAAAACAUAAGAAUAUAAAGCUUAUCGUUGGCGUUGGUUAGUCUUAUUCGCAUUUUGCACAUUUACGUACUUCUUACAUGCAUAAUUAGCUUUUCAAAUGCACUUGGAUUUGUCUAAUAUUCUCCAAUUCUUAGUCUAGCAGCUGAAUAUUAUGGUGUUACUGACUAAGACAUAGUUUGGUUUAGCAAUUGCUACUAUAUUACAUAUGUAGUAUUUUGUCCAUUUACUAUACGUCCUCUAGAGAAAAGAUUAGACUUGUCCUUAUUUCUUGCUGCUUUUGUAACAGCUUUAGGUAUUAAGUACUUAAAAAUCAUUUAGGUUAAUGGUUUAUCUACAUAGCAUAAUAAACCUAUUCUUUUGCUUUAGUAGGGUUUAUUUUAAUAGGGAUGGGUUAGAUAUUUAUUUUAGCAGCACCUGCAUGUAUAUAUAUUAAAUAAGUAUAAUAGAUAUAUCUGAUAGAUGGUUUCCAAUGCAUGAAAGAACUGUAUCUACAAGUUUAGGUAGUUUUUUCAAUUUAGUUGGAUUAAAUUUUUCUAUUGUCUAUGCUUCUAUCACAUUUUAAAAUGUGUCUGAUCAUGAUGAAAUAGUAGAUUAAAUAGAUUUCAUGAAUUUAUUAUUUGCUAUAUUUACUACAUUAGCCUUUUUAUUUUGUAUAACAAUGAUAAGAAAUAAACCAGCAACACCUCCAUCAAUAUCAGCAGUAAUAAUAAUAAAUUAUGAUAGGCAUCUGAAAAAAUGUUAAUAUUGCCAUCUUUUAAAAGGGCAUUUAGAAGUUUAGAAUCAAUAAUGGAUUUAUUAACAUUCUCAAUGUUUAUAGGUGUAUCUUGGGCAUAUAUGGUUGUAAUUGCAAUUCUCUUGGCUCCAUUUAAUUAUACAACAGAAUAAAUUGGUUAUGUGAGUAUUGUAUAUGCAGCAACUGGAGCAAUAGGUGGAACUUUGGCUAGUAUUUAUGUAGAUUAUUAAAUAAAAAAUAACACAAAACCUCAUUAUGAUUAUUUAAUAAAAGGGUUUUUGACAAUAGGAGUAGCUGGUAUAUUAAUAAAAGCAUUAAUCAUUAAUUAUGUUAAUGAUACAGUAAUUGUUGUAUUGUCUGGAAUAAUUGGAUUUGGAUUAAAUUCAUUUCUUCCAUUAGCUUUACAAUGUUAUAUAGAAAAAUUAUUUCCUUCAUUUGAGUUAGUAUUAACAACAGCAAUAAUGCAAAUGUCUAAUGUAUAAUAUUCAUUAAUUAUAAAGUUAUUUGGUUUUAUUUUAAAUUACAUUUUGAUUUUAGAGGUAUUUCUUGAUGUUGGAUUAUGGGUUAUUUUAAUAGCCAUGGGACCAUUUUAUCUAUAUUUAAUAUUUGGAUAUAAAACAAAGUUCUUACGUUUAGAAAUGGAAUAAUAAUCAGCAGCUGCUUGA